GCAUUCACUUCGUCAGCGCUGUCAGUAAAGAACGGGGAAAAAAUUCUGCACGCAUCUAAAGUUCUCAGUGAUAAGUGUGAUUUCUUUUUGGCUAAAUACUUUAAAACUAAAGUGCGCUUAACGUGUGGAGAAAGUAAUACCUCGCGCCAUUUUCAGUGCAUGUCAGAAUCGUUUUCUAUUUGAUAUUUAUUCACGACUUUAAAACAUGGCGUCAUCCAGUUCGAAUAAUUUGAUUCAGUCGAAUCAGCACCAUUCACAGCACCGUAGUCCUUUUACGAAGAUUAAGCAGGAUUUCGAGCUGAACGUUGCUGCUCCACCAUUCGUUUGCCCUGUUAGAGCCUCAACGUUUGCUCGUGCGUUACGCGGCGGGGAAAGCAUGCCCGAAAUCGGUUAUAUCGGCCCAACCCAACUUCCGGUCAACAGCCGGGUUUGGAGCAGCAUUUCCAGCUAUCCCUUGGAUCAGUUGGCUUCGUACGAAAGUACAACUUCCAAUAAAUUGUUCCAGUAUUACCAAAAGCAGCAACAUCGAGGAGUUUCUCCAACGCCCUCUUCGAACUAUGAACCAUUGCACCAGUUCGGACCAACAGUACUCGCAAAUGGCAUCAUUCAACUGCGUUUGCGCAACUCCGUGGUCAUCGAGAUGACAAUAGACCAUUCGGUAAAACUGAUGAAUCAUCACGAACGAGUCACCAUCGCACUGUCCAGCACGGGGACCUCGUCUGCACUGACACAUCCGAACGGGAUCGUCUUCCAGAACGGGUCGCGCGUUGAUAUUGUGGUGUUCGAUGGUAGAAAGAAGAACCCCUAUGUUCGUUAUGCCAAAAUGUGGCACAAGGGAAUCAGCCUAACGAGUGAAGGUUGUGCUCUUAUUUAUCUGGUCGAUGCAGCCGGAACCCGCACUACGUCGGAUGCAAUCAACAUCGAUCCAAAGGUCGACUAUAUCAAUCCGGUGUUCCACAACGGGUCGCGGAUUGGUACUCAGUUCUAUCAGGAGGCAAAUCAGAUUGCCCAGUGCUGCAACUUUUGGCUAAAUGAUGACGGUACGGAGAUCUUCCAUCUCAACGGAUUUCGCAUUCAGCAAACUGUGGAUGGUUUGGUUAAGGUUGCCAGAAUGAACAAUCGGUGCAACAUUCGGACGAGCCCUACUAAUGGUUCGGCUACGAUUACAACAUCGUACAUCCACUGCACCGCCUCAAUGGGACAGACGUCGCAUCUCUUCGUACGUCGCGAAGAACGUCGCAUGCAUUUUGAUGGGUCGUCUUUCGUCGUUCGCAAUGCGGGCCAUUCGGCUGGAUUUGAUGAGUGGAAUCGACUACGGGUAUACUAGAUGGAGGAUAGAAAGUUUCCCUAAUAAUUAUACAGGAAAAAGCGUUCAGUACUAAUCACUAUUCAGCUUAAUCAAUUUUAAAUUAGUGAGAAGUGAGAGACACAAACGGGAGAACGCACUAUACUAGGUUUGCCUAAAUUUAGUCUAUUGGACCGAUGUUAUGCGAAGUCUUCACUGACAUCAGAACCUUCGGAAGUAAACUCCCAGCUAGUGUAUAUGUAGACCAUAGAGGAGGAUAUACAAAUUUGAUUAAAUUAAAUCUAAAUUAUUUUUCGUUGCGAUUA